AUGUAUCGAGUUGGCGUUGAUGUCGGCGGUACUAAUACCGAUGCAGCCAUCCUAGAUAUCAGGGCAUCCGAAACACCCUCUCGUGGUGUUUUGGCAUCAAGCAAAUCUCCUACCACGCCGGAUGUCACCAGCGGUAUUAAAACUGUGAUAGAGAACGUUCUCCAGCAAUCUGCGGUUAACACCAAGGAUAUUCUUAGCGUUGCUAUCGGUACUACCCAUUUCGUCAAUGCUGUGGUUGAGGCCGACGCACGAAGACUCAGCAAGGUUGCUGUAGUCAGACUGUGCGGACCAUUUACUCGUCAGAUACCUCCAUUUACCGAUUUCCCUCCGGCCCUGACUAGGAUUAUGCGCGGGCCUAUUUUCUAUUUGGAUGGUGGCCUAGAAGUUGAUGGCCGCCAAAUUAAACCCCUUGACUCCGAGCAGAUCAAAGCGACGGUGGCCAGCAUCCGCGAAGCUGGUAUUAGCAUGGUGGCGAUUAUCGGGGUGUUCUCUCCGCUAGAUCAUGACGGCGUUAAUGAAGAGACAUGCCGGAAGAUGAUGCUUGAGCUUGAUCCUUCACUUUCUAUUGUCUGCUCACAUUCCAUUGGUGGUGUCGGUUUCCUCGAAAGAGAGAAUGCCACCAUACUCAAUGCUUCCAUUCUUAAGCUGGCUAGAAGGACAGUCCGUGCGUUCUGUAAGGCUAUGUCUGAUCUUCACCUCUCGUGUCAGUUGUAUCUUACACAAAAUGAUGGUACUUUAACGGACGCCGCGGCUGCGUCUGAAUUCCCUAUCAAGACGUUUGCAAGUGGUCCGACAAAUAGUAUGACCGGUGCAGCCUUUUUGGCUGGACUGGACAGGCAGGGCGCUAAGUCUUCUUCCGAACGUCAAAUUCUCGUUAUUGAUGUCGGAGGCACUACCUCUGACGUUUGUGCAUUGCUCCCUUCCGGCUUCCCUCGUCAAGCGUCAAAUUUUGUCGACGUGGGAGGCGUAAGAACCGCGUUUUCCAUGCCAGAAGUGCUGUCCGUGGGUCUCGGUGGAGGUAGCAUCGUCCGCCGUCAUGAGGCCACGGGCCGUGUUAGCGUUGGGCCGGAUUCAGUGGGACACUAUCUCACCGAGAAGGCGUUGGUCUUCGGAGGCGAUGUCAUGACAGCAACCGAUAUCGUGGUGGCAACGGGAUCACAGAGCAUCGGCGACGCCUCCAAGGUAGCGUCAAUCCCACUGGAUGUUGUCAGUGAGGCUCGUAAGUGCAUCCGAAAGAUCCUGGAACGCGCAGUUGAAGGCAUGAAGGUCUCUGCACUUCCGGUCACCGCUCUCCUUGUCGGCGGCGGCUCAAUCGUUUACAUGGACUCCCUUGAAGGAGUUGAGGAGUGCAUCAUACCCCCUCACCAUGACUCUGCAAACGCAGUUGGUGCCGCCAUUGCCAAGGUUGCGGGUACCAUUGAUGUGAUUGAAAUUCUUGCUGAGCGAAGUGAAAAGGAAGUGCUUAAGAAGGCCGAGGAGAGUGCGGUAGAAGUGGCUAUUGCUCGUGGCGCUGAUCGAAAAGAUGUUAGAAUUGCUGAAGUUGAAAAACUGCCCCUUCAGUAUGUCUCAAACAAGGCCACCAGAAUCUUAGUCAAGGCCGUUGGAAAGCUCAGAGUGCCUGAAGAAGGAGAAGUGUCCAAUGUCGAGCUGAACGUGUUUGCAAAUGAAGAACACGGGGUUGAUGAUGAAGCACCUAAGGCUGCAGCCGCUGAAGAUGCUGCUGUCUCUGCCGUCAAGCACUCCAUUCAUAUCGACAUCCCAUCCUACAAACCUGAUGUGCGGAAUGGUAUUUGGUAUCCCAGUCCCGUUGACCUUGAGUUUAUCGCAUCGGGAACAGGAGUUCUGGGUACUGGUGGCGGCGGCCCUUCUUAUCUGCAGUACCUCGUUUCUCUUGAAAUGCUGAAGGAUAACCCGCCAGGAAAAAUGCGUGUUGCCUCUCUCGAUAGCAUAAAAAAUUCUGACGUCUGCGUUUUCGGGUCUUGGUACGGAGCUCCAAGCGUGUCUGGAGAACGCAUUCCUGCAGGGUACGAGCUGUACAAAGCCGUUGAAGUGUCGGUAAAGGUGUCAGGCCACACUCAUUUUGAGGCUAUCAUCGCUGACGAGAUUGGCGGUGGUAACGGUAUGACAACCUUCCCGACUGGUGUGCAUUAUGACAUCCCAGUUCUUGAUGGUGAUCUAAUGGGACGCGCAUAUCCGACGAUGGAACAUGGAACUCCUUAUGUGUAUGGGAACCCAAUCUCUCCAUGCAUAUUGGCCGACGCACAAAACAAUGUCUCCGUUGUUAUGAGUGCCACAAACAAUGCUAAGAUUGAAACUAUGCUGCGAGCUAUCUGUAUUGAUCUGGGACUCAACACUGCUGUCUCUGCCACUCCACUGACUGGAGACGUGGUGAAGAAAUACGCAGUUCCCAACACUGUCUCCCAAGCCUGGUAUUUGGGUAGAGCAAUUCACAUGGCUCGCCGCUGCAAAACUGAUGUGAUUAAGGCGAUUUUUGACACAACACCCGGCAAACUCCUUUAUACCGGAAAGAUUAUUGAUGUCCAGCGAGGCAUCAGCCGUGGCUACACGAUGGGCCAUUGCGUCCUAGCACCACUUUCAAAAGACGAAAUGGAUCAGGAUGUCUCGGAUUCAUCGUUGUCCACCACUGAACGCCAGCUCAUCCUGCCCUUCCAAAACGAAUUCCUUUACGCCGCAUAUGUGAACGACGAAGAGAACCCGGAAGACCCGACUAAACAAGAUGUCAUCUGCACAGUUCCCGAUUUGAUUUCUAUUUUAGGUCAAGAUGGAGAAGCAAUUGGUUCGCAAGAUUUGCGCUAUGGGCUCAAGGUUCGUGUGAUUGCUAUGCCAGCACAUCCGUUAUGGACUAGCGAUGAGCGUGGUCUACGUGUUGGGGGUCCAAAAGGCUUUGGAUUGGAUAUGGAAUGGAAGAGUAUCGGGAAGUAUGAAGAACCACGAAGCGUGAUUAAUGAUUACAAUGUUACCGUUUAAGUAUUUUAUUUUAGAACUGUAUAUAGUUUAUAUAGAAUGCAUAUGAUGAUUGCAUUGAG